AUGGGGAAAAAAAGCGACCUCCGAAAAGGUCAGGAAGUGCAACGUAGAAUCUCCCAAAUAUCUGAUGACAUCAAAGAGCAGGUGAUACAGGAAAUUAAAAGAGCUGGAUUAUUCAGUAUUCAACUCGAUGAGUCCACUGACGUCCAGUCCUGCUCACAACUCCUGGCUUUUGUAAGGUAUGUUCAUGAUGAGGAUCUGAAGGAGGAAUUCUUGUUUUGUGAACCUCUCGAGCAAUCUACAAAAGGUGAAGAUGUAAUGCAGAAACUUACAGAAUUCUUUGAAGCUGAAGGUCUUGACUGGGGCAAUCUCUGUGGGAUAUGCACAGACGGGGCUCCAGCCAUGUUGGGUUCUCAGUCAGGUUUUGUUACAAGAGUUAUACAAAAAGCACCAAAUGCUAUCCCUCUUCACUGCAUGAUUCACAGGCAAGCUCUUGCAUCAAAAACGCUACCCUCAGAAUUACAGGACACUCUGAAUACCAUUAUAAAGACAGUUAACUUUGUAAAAGGUAGUGCUCUAAACACACGCCUUUUCAAGCAACUCUGCCAAGAUAUGGAUGCAGCUCAUGAAACCCUCCUAUUUCAUACAGCAGUUCGCUGGCUAUCAAAAGGAAAUGUAGUUCAGCGUGUAUUUGAGCUCAGAGAAGAGAUCAGCCUCUUUCUCAGAGUACAGGACAAACAAGAUAUGCUGUCAGCAUGA